GUCUUUGUCACAAAAGAUGCGGAGGGAAGAAAACCACCAGUGAGGUCAGUCAUGAUAACUGGUGAAUGCAUUGAUGUUCUUGUUGAUUCGGGAGCCUCAGCUAAUCUCCUGGAUGGAAGAGCCUACAGCGCAUUGAAAACAAAACUCAAACUAGAGCAACCCGCCACGCUCAACCAGUAUGUGAAGCCCGUGGCCCUGCCCAGCAGCUGCGCCCCCGGCGGCACCAUGUGCAAAGUCUCCGGAUGGGACAACACCAUAAGCUCCACCGCCGACAGGAACAAGCUGCAGUGCCUGGACAUCCCCAUCCUGUCAGACAAAGACUGUAACAACUCCUAUCCUGGCAUGAUCACCGAUGCCAUGUUCUGCGCCGGAUACCUGGAGGGAGGCAAGGACUCAUGCCAGGGUGACUCCGGGGGCCCCGUGGUGUGCAACAGCGAGCUUUAGGGUGUUGUGUCUUGGGGUUUUGGCUGUGCUGAGAAGGACCACACGGGAGUCUAUGCCAAGGUCUGCCUUUUCAACGAGUGGCUGGAGAGCACCAUGUCGAGUUAUUAAGCCCCUUCCUGUGACGAUCGCCUCUUCCUCUGCCAACUACCUCAACUGCAACAUCUUUUUGCCACCCACAAUGUCACACGAUUUUCCCCCAGAUGUGCAGCAACUUUCCAUUGUGCUAAAUAAAGGUUCCAACUUUGAGUUCCAUACAAUUGGUUGCAUCAUAUCUCAGCUGCACUGCAUCACUGAAAACAGCCUUAAAUGCU